ACUGCAGGCUGUUAUGCUGCAAGGGGAGAGCUUUGGCCAGAAGUGUGAGCGAUGGAGACAGUUUCUGGAGAAGAUGGAGGGGGCGCUGACAGUUGAUAUUGCCGGCAGCUUUGAGGGGCUGAAGGAACAACAGGAAACUCAUGAGCUUUUCCAGACAGAGGUUUCAAUCGCACACCAGAUCUUGGAUUCUGUUGUUCUUGAGGCCCUGACUCUGAUCCCAAGCGAUGAUAUCCAGGAGAGAAGCACCUUCGCCCUGAAUCUUUCCGCCCUGAAGGAGCGCUGGCACGGACUGGUCCGGAAAAUCCGGCAACGCCAAGACACCAUCUGUACCCUCGUCAACCGGUGGUGUUGCCAUAGCAACUCCAUGGCCAAACUGCACAAACUGCUCACCGCCACUUCAAACCAGCUGUGGGCCAUGGGUAAUGUGAGCUGUUACAGUCUGCAGCAGCUCCACACCCUGACUGAGGAUGUUAAGCACCAAGAGAGGAACCUCCAGCGCCACCAGUCUCGCUACACAUGGACACUGGAGAUGGGGAGAGAGCUCCUGUCAGCGGCUGACUCUGCAGCGCAGACAUCGCUUGAGGGCCAACUGUCACAGCUGCAGGAGGCCUGGGAAUCCACUAACUUACAGUUAAAGGACAAGAGAAUAAAACUGACCAACAUUGAGAAGAUGUGUGACAGGUGUGGGGAGGAGGUAACUGAGUUGGGUCUCAAACUCCAAGAAUUCAGAGCGGAUUUGAAGAAGGAGAUGCCCCAGUCCAGUGAAGACCUGCAGAAAGAGCAAAAGAAACUCCAGGAGCUGGGAGAAUCAUUGCGACACUGGUCCAACAGGCUUGUUGAGUUGAACAGAGUGAAAGCAGACCUCAGCAAACACCUUGUUCCCGAAGCAGCAGUUGGAUUCCAAGAACAGGUGGCGAUUCUGGAAAGUCAAUGGGAACAGCUGCACGUGACUGUAUCCUUGCGAACACUGGAGAUACGUGACCGGCUUGAACAGUGGGUUGUGUUUAACACCAAGAGCAAGCAGCUGGAAGACUGGUUGAAGCAGAUGGAAGAUCGAGUCUCUCAGAACACAGACAUUGGUGUCGAGGAGAUGAUCGAGAGACUCCAGAAGGAUUGUAUGGGGGAAAUUAAACUCUACAACAAGAACAAGAUCCAGCUGAGACAAUUGGGAGAUGAACUGAUUAAAGCCAGCAGCACAUCGAAGGCCCCCGAGAUCGACAACAAACUUAAUCUUAUCAACAGUCACUGGCAGCAUCUCCUCGAAGUCAUUGAGGCCAGAGUGAAGAAGUUGAAGGGAACCCUCUGCUCCGUGCAGCUCCUGGACAGGGAGAUGAGCAACCUGCGGACCUGGCUCUCUCGCAUCGAGUCCGAGCUCUCCAAACCCGUCGUUUAUAACAUCUGCGACGAUCAGGAGAUCGAGAAGAAACUCGCAGAGCAGCAGGAGUUGCAGAGGGACAUUGAGCAGCACAGUGUGGGUGUGACAUCAGUCCUGAGCCUGUGUGACAGCCUCCUGCUUGACACGGACACCGAGACAGAAUGCGACUCUAUCCAACAGACCACACGGACUCUGGACCGCAGGUGGCGCAACAUCUGUGCCAUGUCGGUGGAACGCCGGAUGAAGAUCGAGGAGACGUGGAGACUUUGGCAGAAGUUCCUGGAUGAUUACUCCCGCUUCGAGGACUGGCUGAAGGGAGCCGAACGAACUGCAGCUCAACCCAACUCCUCCCAAGUCUUGUACUCACUCGCCAAAGAGGAGCUGAAAAAAUUUGAGACGUUCCAGAGGCAGAUUCACGAGAGUCUCACCCAACUGGAGCUGAUCAACAAACAGUACAGGCGACUGGCGAGAGAGAACAGGACCGACUCAUCCCGCCGCCUGAAGCAGAUGGUGCACGAGGGAAACCAGCGCUGGGACAGCCUGCAGAAACGCAUCACCGCCAUCUUACGCAGGCUCAAGCACUUCACCAAUCAAAGGGAAGAGUUUGAAAGUUCCCGGGAAUGUAUCCUGGUGUGGCUCACCGAGAUGGAUCUGCAGCUCACCAACGUAGAGCAUUUCUCUGAGAGUGACAUCGAUGACAAAGUACGACAGUUGAAUGCCUUCCAGCAGGAGAUCACCCUCAACACUAACAAGAUUGACCAGCUGAUUGUCUAUGGUGAGAUGCUGAUUCAGAAGAUUGAGCCGAUGGAUGCUAUCACCAUUGAAGAUGAGCUUGAGGAGCUCCAUGCGUACUGCCAGGAAGUGUUUGGGCGCGUUGCACGUUUCCACCAGAGGCUCAUGUCCAAACAGCCGAUGAUUGACGAGGACAAGGAUCUGUCUGACAGGGAGGCAGACACAGAAGAUGCGAGUGAGCUGCAGAACAUGAGCUGGCCGGAGAAGACUGGUGGCUCAGACAUGCCUGUUCAGGGGUCUCUGAGUCACCUCGCCCUGCCUGGAGAGACACAGCAACAUGAGAGAUCAGGCGGUGUGACCCCGGUCAGUGUGGACUCCAUCCCCUUGGAGUGGGAUCACACGGUGGACGUGGGAGGGUCUUCUUCGCAUGAAGAUGAAGAUGAUGGCUUGUACUUCAGCACUUUAUCAGGUACACUUGAGAGGCAGAAACUGUUGGCCUUGGGUUUGAUUGUCUGUGUCUUUGUUGACAGUGACGGCAGCUGA